CCUAAAUAAGUAAUUUUGUAUAUUUUGUUAAAUAAUUUCAAUAUAUAAAGGGGGAAAUAGUAUUGUAUAUUAUUAACAUCUUAAUAAAUUAAUUUUAAAUUAACCCAAAACAUACCUAAAUCAAUCAUAAACUAUCCUUAAAAGCACCCCUAAAUCACAACAAAUUAACCUUAUAAAUAACUAAUUUUUCUAAUUGUAAAUUAAUACUUAAAUUGUAUAAAAUUUAGCUUAAUAAAAAUGUCUGCUCUUGGUAUGCCUCCACAUUUGUUGGUCCUAUUUCAAGCUAGGCCGCCUUUACAGCAUGUAGACCCUUUACCUAGUAAGCCAGUAAGACAAAUUGAUGGUUUAGCUGGGUUUUUAGACUCUUUUGAUGCGGAAACUCCUCCAAAAAAAGAACCAUUUGAAACACCCAGACAAAGAAGAGAUAAAAGAAAGCGAGAGACGCUUCUUAAGUAUAAAGAGGAACUUAAGAAAAGGGCUUCAGAAUAUGACCCAUCUUAUGAUCCUAGAUUAGCAAGGGGAGGGACCUCAAGUUGGUUAACACAUGACCCUUACAGGACACUUUUUGUGGCAAAUAUCGCAUAUGAUGUUACUGAAAAACAGUUAUCGAAAGAAUUUCAAACCUAUGGUAAAAUUAGAAGAGUUCGUAUGAUUCACGAUCGGAGUAAUAAACCAAGAGGAUACGCCUUUAUAGAAUAUGAAAAUGAACGUGAUAUGGUAACUGCGUAUAAAAGAGCAGAUGGUAAAAAAAUAUCAGGAAGACGUGUAAUUGUUGAUGUUGAAAGGGCAAGAACAGUAGAAGGCUGGCUUCCCCGCAGAUUAGGAGGCGGUAAAGGUAAAUCUAGGGGCGCACCUCCCAAAUUUUAUGAUGGAAAACCUCUUGUACCAGAUAAGGAGAAAAAAGAAUCUCAUAAAGAAUAAUCU